UUAGAGUAUGACAUACAGCAUAAACCAAGGAUAGGCGGCGGGUUUAUCUUUUACCCAACUGGAAAACGGUGUCAGGAAGGACUCUGAGGACUCAUCGUCCCUAAUAUUUGAUCGACCUCCACUGCAGUUACACAGGGAACAGGGGCAUAGCCAGUGUACAGCUCACUAUGCCUUGUCAUUCCCAACUCGGGAGUCCUUGGACAGCCACAGGUCAGAGGGCUUGGAGUCAGGGUCCGCUGUGCCCCUGAAGUCCCUGGAGCUCAGGACCAGGCCUUCGCCACUCCUCCCCCUCCUCCCUCCGAGCCCUCCAGGGUGGUGUGCAGCCUGCUCCGUGCUGCCCUCCUAGCCCUAUAUCUGGAGAGGGAGGGACAGGAUUAACAGGAGACCGGUCCAGCAGGUGCCUCCACAGCGGUGCAUAGAGAGCCCCCGAGGCCCGCCGCUCUGAGGAAGGAUCCACAGACAGCGAGGCCACUGCGCCAGGAGCAGAGAGCUGGGCCAGGCCCGGGACCCCGCCUGCCAUCGGUGGGAGGAGUACAUCGAGGCCUUCAAAGCUGGAAAAGUGCUAUGGGGCUCCUGGUACGACCACGUGCAGGGGUGGUGGGACCGCAAGGACCAGCACCGCAUCCUCUACCUCUUCUACGAGGACAUGAAGGAGGACCCAAAGAGAGAAAUUCAGAAGAUACUGAAGUUCCUGGAGAAAGACAUCACAGAGGAAGUUCUGAACAAGAUCGUCUACCACACCUCUUUUGACGUGAUGAAGCACAACCCCAUGGCCAACUACACCACCAUGCCCGCCAGCAUCAUGGACCACUCCAUCUCGCCCUUCAUGAGGAAAG